UCUCGUCCGGUUCGACUCUAUUCAAGAUGAUACCAUCUGGGCCCGUCAUGGGGGUUGAGAUCGCCCUAUAUUUGUCAAGUCCAAGGUUUGACUUGUUCAAAAUUCUACCCUGGCACAAACGGAAAGCAUCGACGCUGGCAAUGAUAUAAAGGAGGUCCGGGCAAGUUUGAUGCGCUUCGUCCUUCAGCAUUCUACUGUUCCCUCAAACAUCCGGUCAACUACUUUCAUGGUCAAGAGGAAAAGGAAAAUGUCGUUCUUUCAAGCUGCUUCAUGGCACGAGGGCGAAGUCGCGAUUCAUAAACGAACUCGCGUGGGCGGCUAUGACAAUCCGACUUCACCAUUCCUCACCCCUCGGGCGGCCAACAUGAUCCAACGGUACCCCAUGAUGGCAAUAGGAACGUUGGAUGAUCAAGAGAGGCCCUGGUGCACCGUCUGGGGCUCCGAUCAUCUACCAAUCGCACAGCCUGUGGCUCAGAGCGUCAUGGGAGUCCGCACCACUGUCGACGCGAGCUUCGAUCCCGUAAUUCAAGCAAUUUAUAAAGGCAAGGACGAUGGGGAAGUGAUACGCGAGGAGGGCAAAGGGAGACUGAUGGCCGGGCUAAGUAUUCAUCUCGAAGAGAGAGGGAGAGUCAAGAUGGCCGGCCAGGUCAUUGCCGGUGCCCUCACCGCUAACGAGCCCGUUUCGGAUGGCAAUGAGCCCAAGGACGAUGCAAAAACAGGCAAAUCCGGCGAAGUUCAGCUUGUUGUCAAGAUUGACCAAAGUCUCGGCAAUUGUCCAAAAUACCUUAACAAGAAGCACAUCAUUGCCGCCGUGCCUAAGCCGAGAUUAUUGUCUUCUUCACCGCACCUCACGCAAAAAGCGAUUGAUUUAGUGCAUAAUGCGGACCUGUUUUUCGUCGCCUCCGCGCACAAACACGAGGACAUGGACUGCAAUCACCGUGGCGGUCCCCCAGGCUUCAUCCGCGUGCAUCAGCCUGCCAACUCAGAGGAAGGCAGUACUAUUGUGUGGCCCGAGUACAGCGGAAACAAUCUCUACCAAACACUUGGCAAUCUUGAAAGCACUCCCCACGCGGGCCUGGUGAUCCCGGACUUCGAGACUGGUGAUGUUCUUUAUGUGACCGGAGACACUGAGACACUUGUCGGGGCCGCGGCGAGCAAAGUCAUCGCAAAAAGCAAUCUCGCCGUGAGCUUGAAAGUGACUGGCGCGCACUUUGUUGAAAACGGAUUGCCUUUCCGGGGCAAGCUGAUGGACGAUGCGUCCCAAGGCCGCUCGCCCUACAAUCCCCGUGUGCGAUACCUGACCGAAGAAAAAACGGAAGCGUUUGGGAAGACGGCAGGUGACGCACCACCUACGACAGCACAACUCAUCAAGAAGACGAAGAUCACUCCUACUAUCACGAGAUAUCGCUUCGCGCUCGCCGAUCCUGAUGUAUUCGGCCGCUGGAAACCAGGCCAAUAUGUCGCAAUGGACUUGGCCGCCGAGCUGGACAUGGGAUACUCGCACAUGCGAGACGACGACCCGACUAGUCUGAAUGAUGACUACAUUCGCACCUUCACCGUCUCAUCUAUCCCGAACUCGCUCGGCCUGCACGGGGAAGAGUUUGAAGUCACCGUCCGCGCAGUCGGCCACGUCACCAAGUGGCUCGAAUGGCAGCGCGAGGGCAUGUGUGAGAUUGGCAUUCGAGGCUUUGGCGGCGAAUUCGCAUUCGAGCCCCAAGCCAGGAAUGCUUUUAUUGCCGCUGGGAUUGGAAUUACACCUUUGCUGGGCCAGAUGGAAAGCCUGGAUCUCGACAAACUAAAGGUUAUGUGGAGCGUGGGGAUUCGUGAUGUCGGGUUGCCGCUGGACGUCCUCACCCAAUAUCCUCUGUUGAAAGACUCGUUAACCAUCUGUCUAACUGGCGACGAGUCGGUGAUAGAUGACAAGACCAAGGCAAAGCUGCAGGAAUUAGUCGACACCGGUGUGAAGGUCCUGAGGAGGAGAGUGACAAAAAAUGACCUGGUAGCUUGGGAUUCAGAAGUGGACAACUGGUAUCUUUGCACGGCACCAGCGAUGAGGAAGAUUGUGCAGGAAUGGAUGCCAGGCACGACAAUUAUCUAUGAGAAUUUCGACUACUGAGGCAAAGGGGUUUAUCGGGGAGGAUUUUGUCUUUUAUUUCUCACACAUCAUCUACCACAGUAAUGCUGCUGCAAAAAAUUCACUAUAAUGUUAGUACGCUUUAUGAAGGAGAGAGUUGGUUGUCUGUGUAUAUAGUAAAUGGCUUCGAGAACGGCGUUGCA